AUGGGUAAAGCUCAAGAUUCUGAGGAAAUACCAUGGGUGAUUAUGGGUGAUUUCAAUGCGAUGAGAUUUGGGCAUGAAAAAAUUGGGGGUUCCUAUAGGUGGAGAAAUUAUGUUUCGGACUUGAAUAAUAUGUGUAAUGAGACUAGGCUUGAGGACCUUUGGUUUAUGGGUAGCUUUUUCACUUGGAGUACUAUGAGAGAGGGGGAGCAUAGGAUUACUACUAAGAUUGAUCAAGCUCUUGUGAAUGAAAAGUGGGGCUGCGUGUUUGGUAAUUCCAUAGCCAAUUUCCUCCCCCCAAGCAUUUCGGACCAUUCUCCUUGUAUUGUUGAGUGUGGGAGAGUCAAAGCAGCAUUAAAAGUGUUUAACAAGAGGGAGUUUGGGAAUAUCUCGGCAAGAGUUAUUGAAGCUAGAGAAAACCUCGUAAGGGUGCAGAAUGCUCUUGCCACUAAUCCUCUUGAAGAGAACCUUAUUCGUGAGGAAGAAGCCAGAACUUUUGAUUUUAAAUCUUUAAGUCGAGCUGAGGAGUCAUUAGCUAGGCAAAAAUCUAGAGUGCAAUGGCUUAGAGAGGGUGACCCGAGCACAAGCUACUUCUUCAAGUUUGUGAAUGGCCGCAAGAAUAGAAAUAGAAUCACCAAGCUUAAGAGUGAUAAUGGCAUGGUUUUUGAAGACCCUUUGAGCAUUAAGGAGGAAAUUGUCAGCCACUUUAAAAGAGUUUUUGAGGAGCCGAGGGGUGUGAGCGACUACCGAGGCUUAUAG